AGAUAAGGCAGUAGAAGCAGCGAAAGAGAGAGCACAUUUUCAGUCUAUCCUCAACGUAUUCGAUGUGUACGAAAUGGCUGCUCUCGGACAGAUAAAGAAUAAGCUCGGCGUAUAUCAUAGUCUACCUGACGAGCAGAAAGAAAUCUUAAAGAGUAUCGGUUUUAAAGAUCGCUUAUCUAAAAUAGAAAACGCUAUCAGAGCAAACGCUACGGUAGUCACCGCUAUUAGAAGUGAGGGUGACGGCUUAUUGGAGGAUAUGGAACAAGAAGAGCAAGCUAGAGAAAUGGAGAAGCUGGCUAUGUCCACUGGCCAACAUGCCUGCACUCAUUCACACGAUCAUGGAAAUGGUCAUUCACAUGACCACGCUGGUCAUUCUCACUCCCAUCCACCUACACCUUCCAUACAGGCAGAAAAACCAACACCUGCUCAGAUGGAUAAGCUCCUCUCAACUUUGAAGCAAUUUGUUCGUGAUUGGUCGUCUGAAGGUGAAAAAGAGAGAAACACAUCGUACGGUCCUAUUUUAGAAACAUUAGAGGAAAAAUAUAGUGGUCUCACAAAGGAACAGAGAUUGAACACAAAAAUACUUGUUCCAGGUGCCGGUUUAGCUAGAUUAGCAUUUGAUAUAGCUAGAAUAGGUUUCUCUAGUCAAGGUAAUGAGUUCAGCUAUUUUAUGCUUUUAUCCAGUUUCUUUAUCUUGAAUCGUACAACUGAACGCAACCAGCAUACAAUAUUUCCAUUCGCACAUACAUCGUCAAAUCACCCGGAGGAAACUUCACAAUUGCGGUCUAUAACUGUACCUGAUGUGUUACCACUUGACUACCUCCGUGGUCCUGACAGUGACUUUUCAUUAGUUGCGGGUGAGUUCUUGGAAAUCUAUGGUGGUGAUGAUGAGAAGGAGCAAUGGGAUGCUGUCGUUACCUGUUUUUACCUGGAUACGGCAAAGAAUAUAAUUGAUUAUAUCAAGACCAUUUCUCAUGUCCUUAAACCAGGUGGACAAUUCAUCAACUUGGGCCCGUUAUUGUACCACUUCGAAAACAAUGACGACGGUGAGGUGUCAAUCGAACUCACAUUAGAAGAACUCAAAAAGCUGUUACCACAAUGCGGCUUCAAAUUAGAUAACGAAAAGAUGAUUGACACAACAUACACCAACAACGGUGAUAGUAUGUUACAGUACACCUACAAAGCAUGCUUCUGGACAGCAACAAAAUUAUAGGUUAAUUAUUUGUAUUGCAACAGUUAUAAAAACAAGAAUAAUCGUUAAAAUCGUUAAAUCGAAUUAGUUGGCAAAAGAGUCACGAAUGGAUGUGCUAUAAACAUGAAUUAUCAUUCCUUUAUUUAUAAAGACAAACCAGUUGGUUUCCAUCCAAGCUCGGCUUUUAUCCUCUCGCUAGAAGUUGGCUUAAAGGUAGCACCAAUAGGGGCUAAGAAUGUUAUAUACUGAGCAGCAUCCUCCACAGACUUCAACUCAGCCUCAGCAUUAGUUUUCUUGGCAAUUGCCUCAGCUAUAUCCUUGAAUGGGAUGUUUCCUUCUGCUACUGCAUGAUAAAUGCCUGAUUUACCCUUUAAGCCAGCUUCAAACGCCAAACGAUAUGCUUUUGCAGCAUCGCUAACGUGUACUGCAGACCAAUGGGAUGGUUCCACAUAAACUACUUUCUUGUUUUUAAUUGCACUGUUUAUUAAAAUUCUUAUGAAACCUUUAUCGUGUUGUCCGGCGUGGACUGUUGGUGGCAGUCUGAUUGAUAUUGCGGUAACCCCCUUGCUAGACAACUCCAAAGCUGUUUUCUCACUUUUUCUCGGGAAGGCAGGAUUUGGAAGAUCCGAUUCUGUAGCAACACCAUCAUCACUUUCGAUGUCUAGUCCACCGACUGCGCUACUAACAAUGAAUGGUUUGUUAGUUCCCUCUAAUGGUUCACCAAGUGCCUUGAUAGCCAGUACGUCCAAUUCUGAUGCUUGUGUGUACUCAUCAAAAUUAUGAACGAAUGCCAGAUGUAUAACACCAUCAAUUGAUGGAUCUCCUGCUGCUUGUUUAAGAGUCUCGAAAUCUGUGAGACCACCUCUGAUAACCUUUACGCCUUUACUUUCCAACUUACGAGCACUCUCGUCUGAUCUUGCUAAUGCAGUGAUUUUGUGACCAUGAUUAAUCAGUUCGUCUACAGUUGCAGAACCGACUAAGCCUGUCGCACCAGUGAUAAAGAUAUGUGGCAUUUUAUUUGAUUGUUUGUACGUUUGUUUGGAAGAAAGAUAAGUACAGUGCGACGCAAUUUAUAUCACAUCAUACACAAUGAUUACAUAAUGUUUACAUAAUAUUAAUCUGUGUGGAGACAAACAACGGACCCCGAUAACUAAAUGCAGGCAUCUAACAAAUUAGGAAUGAACCCCUCUUACCCAAGUAUAGGGGGUCAUUGGAUGACUAAUGAACAUAUAUGAAAAAUAUCGCAAUCAACGAAUGUCUUAAAUUUCAAAGAUCUUGGUAAUAUCUUCUAGGACAAUCUUCAAUCAAUUAUUAUGUCAUAAUUUAUUCCGGUGUCCGAAUGAUAGUAUAAGUAAUCUCAUUUAGUCCUUUUAGAAAUCAUAAUGUCAGCAUCACAAGUUUUCUACAUCACUGGUACAUCAAGUGGCUUUGGUCGUGAGCUCGCUUUAAUCCUCUCGCAACGUGGACACAAAGUUAUAGCAACAGCUAGAACGAUCAGCAAGAUAGAAGAUCUUGGAAAGGUCGAUAACAUUAAGAUACAACAACUAGAUGUCACAGAUUCAUUUGAUAUCCUUCAAAAGAAAGUAGAAGAAGCCAUCUCAUUUUUUGGUACCGUUGACGUUCUCGUAAAUAAUGCAGGAUAUUCACAAACUGGUUGUUUCGAAGAACUUACAGAUGGAGAAAUUAGAAAGCAAUACGAUACGAAUGUCUUUGGAACUGUAAAUCUCACUAGAGUAUUUCUACCAUAUUUCAGAUCAACAGAGAAAGAAAGCAUCAUUUGCACGAUAACUUCUGCUGGUGGUUUAGUAAGUUUCCCAACAUCUGCUGCAUACACAUCUACGAAAUUUGCUUUAGAGGGAUUCUUUGAAGGUUUAGAUGGUGAAUUAAAAGCAAGUAAUUUACCAAUUAGGGUACUUAUAAUCGAACCUGGCGGUUAUAAAACGAAUUUCAUUGGGAAUAUUAUCAAAUCCGAGAAUCAAAUUGAUGUAUACAAUCCUAUAAAAGAACAAAUUCAUCAAUUAUUUACAGAAUAUGAUACAACUACUGGUGGUAAUGCCUUAAUAGGUUCAAAGUUAAUCGCAGAUGCUUUACUGAAACAAGGAUUCGCAGCUGGCAAAGACAUUCCAUUAAGGUUACCAAUUGGAAGCGAUUGUAUCAACUGGUCAGUUGAAAAAUUCAAGAAAACAGUUGAUAUAUUUGAAGAAUGGAGACCAUUUGCAGCUGAAUCAGAUCCAAAGAACUAGUUUCCAUGCAGUUUCAACUCAAGCUAUGGUUUUAUUCCUCUCUAUUACUCUGAAAAAUGAGUGUAUUUAUUGAUCGCUAUUAUAGUAUUUCUGAAUUGAAUAUAUAUAUAUAUAUAUUUGUUUAUUCUUUUAUUUGUUCUUUUCCGCAAAUGUAUCACUGAUUAUUAUUUUACUC